UAUCACCAAGAAGGCUCGCGGACUGUAGAUCUCGUUGGGGACUUUGUCGGUCGUGAGCCUUUCAUCAUCGACGGUGACUCGCUCCUGCUCCAGUGUUUUGCCAAUAAGAAGCUCGAUUUUCACCCCGGAUUCCAGGUCCUGCACGCAACCUACCUGGUCGAACGACUUUUGCAAAAACUCCAACAGCGCAGAUGUGUCUGUGAAAUCGUGUUCUUUGAUCAAAGCGCCCAGCUCUGCGUCCCUACGGCUAUUGACCGGGCUCUGCAUGAUCGAUAUCUUCUAGCCAGGGAGGCCAUCAUACAACAUCUCAUUUCAAUCUCCCUCCGGUCCCCACAUUGCCUCAGGGUACGAAAGUUUCAAAGUUUCCGGUCUAUGAAAUUCGAAGAACACUUGGUGAAAUCGGGGGCUUACUUAUUCAUGUGUCACGAUGGAGCUUCCGAAAACCAAGUAGACGGUGAUGAGAAAGGUUCCGAGGACUCAGGUUCCGAAGGCACUGAGUCCGAUGAUAGUAGUGAGGAGGAAGUUGACGAAAAUCGAUUUGAAGUUUCUCCAUGCAAAGAGUCAUCAAGAGUCGAAUUCAGGCGAAUGAUUCACUGGUUCAUUGCUCGUGGACGCAACAUUUCUCUUAUCAACAGCUUGGAGUUUCGGGAUACGAAGGUGAUGUCAAUAGUCAUCGAGGGUACAUUCACGCGGAAGAACUGGAUCCUUCUACAACAGGAGACCCUGGGACUAAGCACCCUUACCCUAGAGAGUACACCAAGCUCGGAUCACUCAGUUGAGAGUUCAGGUCAUGGAAGUUUGGACUUGGAAGAAGUGAAAACCAUGAUCGAAAAAGUCAUUCACAAGCAAUCAUCCCUGACACAACGACAAUGUCUUUUGGUCGUCACCUUGGGAAUUAUGUUGGGGAACAUUACCUCCUCCAGCCGAAAAAUCACGAUGGGAGCCACAUCCAUGAUUUUGCACCUUGUGCUUCUGCAACAUACCAAGCUCGGGGACCGAGGAGUACAGAUUUCAAACUCAAAGAAUUCAAAUGAGUUCUUAAACUCCUUUUUACGAUUGGCAAAAGACAUCAUCAGCUCUGCCCAUUGGGAGAAGGCCACUCACAAUCUACCCUGUGAUCUUGCAGAUUUGUUUGAUGGAAGAACUUUCUUCUGGGUGUACACAAUGAUAGAGACAUGUGGUAUCAACGGCGUUAUUUCAUCGACAACUCUUUUGCCAUUCAACGACCUCAUCUCUCUGGUGAAUCAUCUUGGAGGUACGGAGCUUCAAUUGGCAGAUAGCCGGGUAGCUACCGAAGUAGCUAUCCAACACAAAAACAGACCUGAAAAGUCGAAAUCCGAUAAAAAUCAAGAAGACAAGAAGCAACCUUCAUCCAAGAACAAUGCCAAAUCUCGGAAAGGCGCAGAGGUGCUCCCAUUUCAGAGCCCGGUUUUCGAUGACCACCUCAAACCCUUCCGCAUUCAGGUUGAUGACUCUACAGGUGCAGAGAACAAUCCCAAGGGCUCCAAAGGAUUCAAGGAAGAUACCCAUUGGCACAACUCCAGGCCCCUUGACUCGAAAAAGGCUCCUAAGUUGUCGCCAAAGGAUCUUCUCAAACAAAACAAAAGAAACCAGUUCUACAUGAAAGAGAUGUUACGAUAUGCGGAAAGCUUGUCUGGCUCUGCAGGAAUAUCCCAGGGAGAAAUCGUCGUUGUUGGAUCAACUUCAACUGCAAAAAGUAAAUCAAACCAAUCACCUCAAGUGAGAUCUCAGCCAGCAACUGGAAAGGCUUCCGGCAGGGAGAAGGCUGCGACAGCUUCUCAGCAGAAGACAAUAGAAGAAGAAAAAAAGCAAAGGGCGAAGUGGACUUCCAAGCUCAAACUAAUGGAAAAAAGCUCCCUGGAUCCACUAGAUCGAUUCCAUGCUAUGGAAGAGUACUUGACAAGCUUAUCGAAAGACAGUCGCAUUUUUCUAGAGGCAGAAGUUCUCGCUUACCUGCUCGAUACGUCGGUCCAAGCCCUUUCUCGACACGAGGUUGACCAAAGUCACACAAUGAUCAUGACGCACAUUUGGGGAGUGCUUUCUCGUCUUAUGAAACUCAAGCGCGGAAUCAGUAAUGAUAUUCGAAUUUAUGUCCAGCGAGUCUGUCAGCAUCUCGAAUUACCUGCCGUUUCUCUAUCAAAGCAGACCGGUCAACCGCUUUCAUUUAAGCCUGUGACUUUACCAAAGAAGCCCAAUUCCAUGAUUGGAGUGUCUCAAGUGGAAUUCCAACUGCUCCACGGGGGUCCGUUCAUGGAACGUAGCAUAGGCUCCUUGCCAGACCCCCGAACACCCGACUUUGAUCCUGAUCGAUGGCAAAGAGAAGUGUUAGACCAGAUUGAUACAAAGCAGAGCGCGUUCAUCGUCGCCCCAACCAGUGCAGGAAAAACGUUCAUCUCAUUCUAUGCUAUGAGGCAGAUCCUCAAGGAAGACAAUGAGGGCAUUCUGAUCUAUGUGGCUCCCACCAAAGCACUGGUGAAUCAGAUCGCCGCUGAAGUGCAGGCCCGUUUUUCGAAAAAAUAUCCCGCCAAGGCUACCGCAAAGCAGGUUUGGGCUAUCCACACAAGAGACCAUCGAAUUAACAGUCCGACAGGGUGUCAAAUUCUCAUUACAGUACCUCAUAUUCUCCAAAUCAUGCUGCUCUCCCCAAUCCACGCGAAAUCAUGGACCCCUCGACUGAGACGUAUCAUAUUUGAUGAGAUCCAUUGUAUCGGUCAAGCUGAGGAUGGUGUUAUUUGGGAACAAUUGCUUCUUUUGGCUCCGUGUCCUAUCAUCGCGCUGUCAGCUACUGUCGGUAAUCCGGAGGAGUUCUACGAAUGGCUCAAGCAUGCUCAACGCACAAAUGGCCACGAAUUGAAGAUGAUUCAGCACAAACACAGAUACUCUGAUCUGAGAAACUAUGUGUAUUGCCCUCCUCCGGUUUUUUCAUUCAAGGGCUUUUCAAAUGUUGAUGUCUCGUACCAAUGGGGUCUUGACGAGGCUGGUGACAUGAAGUUCAUGCAUCCUGUCCUAAGCUUAGGUGAUCGGUCAAGAGCGAUACCGACUGACUUCAGCCUUGAGCCACGGGACUGUUUGAGCUUAUGGAAAGCAAUGAGUGAUCUACAAACUGAUGAUUUCCCCGUGAAUUCGUCUCUCAGUCCGUCUUCAUUCUUCUCGGGCAUAAUCUCCAAGAAGGAUGUUAUUGAGUGGCAGAAGCCUUUGAUUGAACUAGUCAACAAUUGGAAGAACGAUAGAAGAUCUCCUUUCGAGGCUCUUCUAUUUGAACUAGGUCGACAAAGUACCGGUUCCUCAACCACCGUUGACAACGCAGAGAAAGCUUCAUUGAGUCAUUCUCAACCGCAGGGCUCGUCCAUGUCGCAUACCAAUGGGAAUGAUGAGGAUGACGUGCUUCUUUCUACCACACUUCCAUUGAUCUGCUCGCUUCAUGACCACCGUGCUCUCCCCGCACUAUUCUUCAAUUACGACCGGAGCAAAUGUGAAAAAAUAGGCAAGCAUUUACUGAAAAAGCUGCGCGAAGCUGAAUCGCAAUGGAAAUCAGAAAACUCAGCAUGGAAAGCAAAGGUCGAUAAGUGGAAAGACUGGAAAAAAGCGGACGCAGUAUCGAAGAAGAAGGUUGCUAAACCAACUAAGAAGAAACGAUCUGAGGACCAGCCAACUUCUCACGCCGAUGGAAUCAGAGAUCUAGCAUCUGGUGAAGGCAGCAUGUUGGAGCUCUUCGAUCCAGAAAGACCCGUGGAAAUGUUCAGUUUGGCCGAUCCUAAGAAGCUGUCACGGUCAGAGUUCUUGGAGUACAUCACGGAUUUCAAAUGGCGCGAUAUUCCAGACUGGCUGACAGAUGCCCUCGAGCGCGGAAUCGGUGUGCAUCAUGCGGGCAUGAAUCGAAAAUACCGUCAAGUUUGUGAAAUGUUGUUCCGCAAAGGGUUUUUGCGUGUGGUUAUAGCAACCGGCACACUAGCCUUGGGUAUCAAUAUGCCUUGCAAAACGGUCGUUUUCUCAGGCGAUUCAUUGUUUCUCACAGCACUUAACUUUCGGCAAGCUGCUGGACGAGCAGGACGUCGUGGAUUUGAUUUACUGGGAAACGUUGUUUUUCAACAUGUUCCCACAGCCAAGAUUCACCGUCUGGUUAGCUCAAGGCUUCCAGACCUCAAUGGCCAUUUCCCUAUUACGACCAGUCUGAUUCUGCGGCUUUUUAUUCUUUUGGAUGGCUCUAACCAGGCAGCAUCUGCCGUGAAGUCUAUCAACUCACUCCUGUCAAGUCCUCGCAUUUGUCUCGGUGGUUCAGAGACGAAGGACACUGUGCUACACUAUCUCCGGUUUUCUAUCGAAUACCUUCGACGAAACGACCUUAUUGACGGCACUGGAGCUCCAUUAAACUUUGCAGGCUGUGUGUCUCAUUUGUACUUCACAGAGAGUUCUAGCUUUGCUUUCCAUGCCUUCCUUUCCUCGGGAUACUUCGAAGAUGUUUGCAAAGACUUCGGUCGGGCACCCGAAAGUAAUCAAACUACUCUUCAGACUCUCAUGCUUGUCAUGUGCCACAUUUUCAAACGUCAACGUCUACGUCAGUCAACGUUAGAGUCAUAUCGCACGGCAGAAAAAAGCAGCUCCUCCAUUGUGGUACUGCCACAUUUGCCCAAGAAGGCAGCACAGGCACUGAAGAACCACAACCGUCAAGUACUGGAUAUCUACACUGGUUAUGUGUCCACCUUUAUCGACCAGCAUAUUGACACUCCUGAUUGCGAUCUGCCGUUGAGUCACACCAAGUGCGGAGGAGACACGUCAGCUCUCGAGGUGGGUGUUAUGAAGAGUCAUUCUCUUAACCCUGCUCCGAAGAUCAUCUCUCCAUUCUAUGCCCUCUCGGGACAUAAAGAUUGGCGGAUAGGCAAGAGUACCGUUGCCGAUCUAUGUGAAACCAUUCGUGACGGUGUGUGGCUUGAGGAGUCUGUCGUUCCCUACGUACCAGGCUCUUCAAGUCAUCAUCCACUGAAUGCAUAUCUCUUUGACUUUUUCAAGCAUGGAAAUGCUCAUGAGCUGGAGAGGGCCAAUGGCGUCCGCAGGGGUGAUGUCUGGUAUGAACUGAAUGAUUUCUCCAUGAUUCUGAGAGUCGUCACUGCUAGCUUAGGGAAUAUUCUCAACCCUCGAGGAAACUCAGAUGUAGACAUGCUUGAUGUUACCGGUGGCGGUGAACUGCGUGAAGUUGAGGCUGAUGACAACAUAGCUGAUGUUGAGGUGAAGGAUGAGCCUGGAAAGAAGGUUUCAACGACCCCAGCAGGUAAAGUUCAUACGUCGGUAGCUCCAUCUGCUUCGGUUAAGAAGCACCUUCGGACUGCUCAACCGUUGGACAGUUGGGAAGACGAUAUGGAUGAGGAGGAACAAGCUCCGGUGCAACAGGAGCCCUCAAAUACGCAGCCAGGGCGGAAGAUGGACAACCUGCAAUCCUUGACCCUGGUUUACAAGGCAUUCAACGCCCUCCAGACUGAAUUUGAUGAGAAGUUCAAGAAGAUGUGGGCUUGA